UCAAACAUGGCUGUUCUGUAUCAGUUCAUGAAUUGUAGGACCUGAAACUGGAGUUACACGGGAAUGAUAUCAAUUUGUUACCGACUCUGAGGAACGACGUAUAAACUGUACACCAAAAUGCAAAAGAUAAAAUCGCUAAUGACCCGGCAGGGUCCCAGAAGUCCCCAGGAGAAUGCAGGUGACCUCAGCCCUGUGGAGAACUUCAGGAUUCCUAGCAAGGAGGAACUGCGGGAAAUGAGAGAGCAGCCCAUCGACCCACAGGCCGAGCAAGAAAUAAUUAAUAGUAUAGAGGAAGUGUAUUUUUCCAGUGAUUCAUUUGACAUUGUGCAGCACGAGUUAGAGAAACUUCCUCCUGUUCUAAAUCUUCAAGAAUUGGAAGAAUACAGGGAUAACCUGAAGAGACAGCAAGCUGCAGUAUCAAAAAAGGUAGCUGAUCUCAUCCUGGAGAAGCAGCCUUCCUAUGUCAAGGAACUUGAACGAGUCACUUCUUUACAGACAAACCUUCAGCUGGCAGCUGUCAUCUGUACAAAUGCAAGAAGACACUUAAGUUUUGCCAAGGAAGGUUUCACACAAGCUAGCCUUGGUCUUCUGGCCAACCAGCGAAGGAGGCAGUUACUGACUGGGCUGCUGAAGUCGCUAAGGACAAUAAAAACACUGCAAAGAACAGAUGUGAGGUUAAGUGAAAUGCUCGAGGAAGAAGAUUAUCCUGGAGCGAUUCAGUUGUGUCUGGAAUGCCAGAAGGCUGCUAGCACAUUCAAGCACUACAGUUGUAUAAGCGAAUUAAAUUCCAAGCUGCAAGACACUCUGGAGCAAAUAGAGGAACAACUGGAUGUUGCCUUGUCGAAAACCUGCAAGCACUUUGAUGUCACUCAUUAUACCAAAGUUCAGCAGGCUUAUACGCUCCUGGGAAAAACACAAACUGCAAUGGACCAACUCCAUAUGCAUUUCACCCAGGCCAUUCACAACACCGUGUUCCAGGUGGUGCUGGGAUAUGUCGAACUGUGUGCAGGAAAUGCAGACACCAAGUUUCAGAAGAUGCAGUACAAAGAUCUCUGCACGCACAUUACUCCAGAUAGUUACAUACCAUGCCUCACUGAUCUGUGCAAAGCCUUGUGGGAAGUGAUGCUGAGUUACCAUCGAACUAUGGAGUGGCACGAGGAGCAUGACAAAGAAGAGGCAGUUCCUGUGGCAGAUGGCAACAACACGGCGAGUGCGGAAGAGUCCGUCUUCGAUCGCAGCUACGUGAAGAAGAAAUUGGAGCACGGGCUGUCUCGUAUCUGGCAGGAUGUCCAGCUGAAAGUCAAAGCUUACUUACUCGGAACAGAUAUGUCCAACUUCAAGUACGACGACUUCAUCCUUGUGCUAGAUAUUAUCAGCAGACUGAUGCAGGUGGGAGAAGAAUUUUGUGGGAGCAAGUCUGAGGUUUUGCAAGAGUCCAUUAAAAGGCAAAGUGUGAACUACUUCAAGAAUUACCACAGAACCCGGCUUGAGGAGCUGAGAAUGUUUUUGGAAAAUGAAGUCUGGGAGGUUUGCCCUGUUAAGUCAAACUUCAACAUUAUACAGCUUCACGAAUUCAAAUUUCUGGGACAGUCGAGAUCUCCUUCAGUGUCGCCCAGCAAACAGGCCAGCACUCCCUGUGCCACAGAACUGUCCCUGUUUGAACAGUACCACAAUGGGGGAAACCCAUUUGAGAUGCAGAUAGACAACAAAGACGAUGAAACUGAAGAUGUCCUGGCUUCUAAUGGGUAUGAAUCUGAUGAACUGGAGAAGGGUGUCUGCCAGGAUUACGACAGUGACAGUGAUGUGCCUGAAGAGCUCAAGAGGGACUAUGUGGAUGAGCAGACAGGAGACAUUCCUGUGAAAAGUAUGUCUCGAGAUACCCUAAAGAGCAGGAAGAAGUCAGACUACAGCCUUAAUAAGGUGAAUGUACCCAUCUUGACGAACACUACCUUGAAUGUAAUCAGGCUUGUUGGGAAGUACAUGCAGAUGAUGAACAUCCUGAAGCCCAUAGCCUUUGAUGUAAUCCACUGCAUGUCUCAGUUAUUUGACUAUUAUUUGUAUGCAGUCUACACAUUUUUUGGCCGUAACGAUAUGUAUGAGUCAUCCGGACUUGGUCUGAUCAGCAGCAGAUUACGGACUACUCUCAACAGAAUACAGGAGAGUCUUAUUGACUUGGAGGCAGCAACAGAAAGUGCUGGGAGCCAUGGAACUUCUGAAGAGCGAAAGGAGAAGGUGCCAAGCCCUCAUCUGAGCCAGUUAGUGGUAUUAACAGCCAGCGAAACACUGUAUGGACUUGCAGAAAGAGUGGUUGCCACAGAAUCCCUGGUUUUUCUGGCUGAACAGUUUGAGUUCCUCCAGUCUCAUCUUGACACAAUGAUGCCCGCAGCCAAGAAACCAUUUCUCCAACAGUUCUAUUCCCAGACCAUAUCCACUGCCAGUGAGCUACGAAAGCCUAUUUACUGGAUUGUGGCUGCCAAAGCCAUCGAUUACGAACAGAUGUUGCUGCUAAUGGCCGGUGUAAAAUGGGACAUAAAAGAAAUUAUGUCACAACACAAUGUAUAUGUGGAUGUGCUUCUAAAGGAAUUUGAGCAGUUUAACAAGAGACUUGGAGAGGUUUCUAGGCUUGUUCGCAUACCUUUGCCGGUCUCCAACGUCUUGUGGGAGCACUGCAUUCGACUGGCUAACCGAACUCUUGUGGAGGGGUAAAUCUGUUCUUCCUUGACAUUGCAAAUCGCCCCCUCGAUCUAGCAGUGACAAAUCUCUGCGGCACUGAGGCCUGCAUUUUCAUUUUCUCCAGGAGCUCCCGUUUUCUUCCCCUCCCAGAGGCAUGCUGGCUAGGCUGUCACUGAGUGUCCUGUCCAGGGUGUAUGUCCCACUUUGCACUGAGCAGCCUCCUGCUGAUGGAUGGGAAAACCCAAAUAAUCAAGAGAAGCUGUUGGCUGCCAUCUUUUUUUAAAACUUCACAUUUCUGUUCUGAAGAUCUGAAUUAAACAGGGGUUGUAGCCUUGUUCUAAAGAACAUCCCUGAAACAAGAGUGACAUAUUUAUGAAAUACUGUAGGUCAUAUCUUUAAGGAGCUAUAGUUUAGUUAAUCUCUGAAGUUAGUUUACCAUAGUAACCUACUGUAGGAGGUUUUUUGUAGCAUAAAGAGAGAGAACCCAUGGCUGACUGUCACAAUUGACUGACAUUAGUGAGUUGCCUCAUUACUGUUAAAACACUCAUAACCUAU